AUGUAAAAUUAGUAAUAAUUAUAAAUAAGGAAAUUAGAAUAGGAAUAACUUAGUAUUCUUUAUUUCUUCGAAUAGUUUUAAUCCUUUUUUCGAUUGAAUAGAAUGCUGAAAAUAGAAGAUAAAAUUACAAUUUUUAAAAUAGCUACACUAGUUUGGAUUAAGACCAUUUAGUUUUUAUUAGUUGUGCUAUUCUUCAAAUUUAUUCAACAAACGAGCUAUGCAACUUAUUUUUUAGUGUUUUUUGGCAUAGACAAGGUUCUCCGAAUAAUUAUUUUAUACCACAGAAAGAUAUUCAUUCCUUUACUGAUUCUUUUAGUUAUUUUGUAAAUGGAAGAAGUACUGACUCUAUACAUAUAUAAUCGAAAAGACAGAUAGAUAGUAGAUAUGAUGUAUACUCAAACAGUUUUUAUAAAUGUCCUGCUCAUUCCUUAGAUUAUUAUUUUAUUUAUUUGGAUGUACUUUUCUUAAAAUCAAUAAACAUUAUUUAUAGCUUUACCUUGCAUCUUGCUACUCUCAUUUUACAUAAACUUAGUUUGGGUUAUUUCUUUUGAGUUCGAUCUCAAAGAAUACUUGUGCACUCUAUUAAUUUUUAAAGAACUUUACUGUUAAGGAUUUUAAUUUGUUGGAUUUAUUGGCUUGAUAUUUUGCUGCAGAGUUAUUAAUAACUAUUUCUUCUACUUGCUUAUCUUAAAUUUAGUGUUGAGUUUAAUUAUGACUUUGAGGUUUAUUAAUUCUCCUUUGUACACAAAGGGCUCAAAAUUUGAAAUAUUUUAUUAUUUUUUAAUCCUUUUUUUGGCAAUUUUUAUGAAUUCAGGAUGUGAUUUUAGAAAAAUUAAAUAGGCUUUUAACGUUGAUUCUAUUAAAUAAUUUAGAGUCAAAAAUCUCAACACGUUUCUUGUUAUAAGAUUUGUUUAAACCUUAUACUUGCUUUCUAUAUUUAUUAUCUGCAUAUCAACUGAUAAACCAUACUCUUAAAAUUUCAAAGAUCAUCUUCAAUUAGAUUAAAAUAGUUUCUAUAUGAUUGUAUUUGUAUUUUCAAUAGCUAGUGUUGCAAUACAAUUGAAAGAUAUUUGGAUUUUAAUAUUAAUACCUUAUUUAAAUAAUAAACAUCAAUGCUUUGAAAUAGAUGAUAUUGAUUAACUGAUUGAGCUAAACAAUCUUUAAAAAAGUAAUCAAAUGAAUAAUUACGAUCUGCAAUUUGUUUCCUUUUUUUUCCCCAGAGAUAACUCUCUCAUAAAAUAGGAACAUUAAAAGGAAUUUGAUUUUUGUCUUUUGUUUAAUUUUGACUAAAAUAUUGAAUUAAUCAUCCCUUAAGUAGGGGAAAGACUACCGAUGAUAGAAGAUUAAUACCAUCACAUUGUAUUCUUUAAGAGAAUGAUUGACAUAUAAAGCUUUUAAAAUUAUUUAGAAUAAUUUCAAAUUACUUCUUUUAUCAACUAAAUUUAAUUUGACUUUCAUACAAACAUGCAAGAUUUAGUAUAAAUUAUAAAGCUAAUCUCCUCAAAUUCUUAUGAAAUUAUAGUCAAAUCUGAGAACAUUCCAAAUAGCAUGGUUAAUUUAUAACUCUAAUAAAUUCAAAUUAAAAAAUUCACAAUACUUCAUUAUAUAGCCUUUGAUAAAAAUGUAAUGGAGUUUAUUUCAAUCAAUCCCUUUCUUGCUUUUUAUGAUUUAUUUGAGAUUUGA